AUGAUGACAACCCUCGAAGAUGCCGAACUCUGCUUUCCACAACUCCUCAACUCCUCCUGCAGGAAGACCCUGCUUCCUCACUCCGUAUCCAUUCUCAAUUACACCAUUCUGUCGUCCAUGUGUCUGCUCACCGCGACUCUCAACCUGCUGGUCAUCAUCUCCAUCUCCCACUUCAAGCAGCUCCACACCCCCACCAACGUCCUCCUCCUCUCUCUGUCUGUCUCAGAUUUCUUCGUUGGCCUCCUCGUGUCCUUUCAAAUUAUGCUCUUAGACGGCUGCUGGCUCCUCAGUGACCUCGUGUGUGUUCUGUAUUAUGUUUUUGACUACAUCAUUACCUCUGCCUCGAUAGGAACCAUGGUGCUCAUAUCUGUUGACCGCUAUGUGGCCAUUUGUGACCCUCUGCAUUACCCCACCAAAGUCACUGUGAAAAGAGCUCAGAUCAGUGUUUGUCUGUGUUGGACAUGUUCUGCUCUCUGUCACAGUUUGUUGCUGAGGGAUAACUUCCGACAACCCGGCAGGUAUAACUCCUGCUCCGGAGAGUGUGUGGUUGUUAUUGGGUAUGUUGCCGGACUCGCUGAUCUGUUUUUGUCUUUUAUUGCUCCUGUCACUGUCAUCAUAGUUCUGUAUCUGAGAGUUUUUGUGGUGGCUGUGUCCCAGGCUCGUGCCAUGCGCUCUCACGUUGCAGCCGUCGCACUGUGGCGUUCAUUGAAAGUAACUGCCAAGAAAUCUGAGAUGAAAGCAGCCAGGACUCUUGGUGUUGUCGUAGUUGUGUUUUUAUUAUGUCUCUGCCCAUAUUUUUGUGUUGCACUUACAGAGCAGGAAACGUUACUUAAUGCUUCAUCUGCCGCAUUCGUAAUAUGUCUGUUCUAUUUCAACUCCUGUCUAAACCCUGUGAUCUAUGCCUUUUUCUAUCCCUGGUUUAGAAAAUCUAUUAAACUCAUUGUUACCCUUCAAGUGCUGAAGCCAGGCUCCAGUGAGGCCAAGAUAGCAUAG